AUGGACCAUCCUAAUAGGGAAAAGGAUGAAAGGCAGCGGACAACGAAAGGGAUGCCGGGAAGGAGCGGGCAUGGUUCUCGACCAAGCUCAUCGACCUCUUCUGGCGUUCUUAUGGUGGGACCCAACUUCAGAGUGGGCAAGAAGAUUGGGUGUGGGAACUUUGGAGAACUCAGACUAGGUAAAAAUCUCUACACCAAUGAAUAUGUAGCGAUCAAACUGGAACCAAUAAAAUCACGUGCACCACAGCUUCAUUUAGAAUACAGGUUUUAUAAACAACUUGGAAGUGCGGCUGAAGGGCUUCCCCAGGUGUAUUACUUCGGACCGUGUGGAAAGUACAACGCCAUGGUACUAGAGCUUCUUGGUCCUAGCUUGGAAGAUUUAUUUGACCUCUGUGAUAGGACGUUCACUUUGAAGACGGUAUUAAUGAUAGCUAUCCAGCUGAUAUCUCGAAUGGAGUACGUGCAUUCAAAGAACCUCAUCUACCGAGAUGUCAAGCCAGAAAACUUCCUUAUUGGCCGGCAAGGCAAUAAGAAGGAGCACGUCAUUCACAUCAUAGACUUUGGAUUGGCGAAGGAAUACAUUGACCCGGAAACCAAAAAACACAUACCUUACAGGGAACACAAGAGCUUAACUGGAACGGCGAGAUACAUGUCCAUCAACACUCAUCUGGGCAAAGAGCAAAGUCGUCGAGAUGACUUGGAAGCCCUCGGCCAUAUGUUUAUGUAUUUCCUCCGAGGCAGCCUGCCCUGGCAAGGAUUGAAGGCUGACACCUUAAAAGAGAGGUAUCAGAAGAUUGGGGACACAAAGAGAAACACUCCGGUUGAAGUUCUCUGUGAGAACUUUCCAGAGGAGAUGGCCACGUACCUCCGUUACGUUCGGCGAUUAGACUUCUUUGAGAGACCAGACUAUGAUUAUUUACGAACCAUCUUCACAGAGCUGUUUGAAAAGAAAGGCUACACCUUUGACUACGCCUAUGACUGGGUCGGCAGGCCAAUUCCUACUCCAGUGGGAUCUGUCCACGUAGAUUCUGGGACGUCCGCAAUAACAAGAGACAGCCACGUCCAUAGGGAUCGGCCAUCGCAGCAGGCGCUUCGCAAUCAGGCGUCAUCAGAUCGCCGAGGGGAGUGGGAGAUCCAGCCAAGCCGGCAGACGAAUACCUCGUACUUGACAUCUCAUUUGGCUGCAGAUCGGCACGGAGGAUCAGUACAGGUGGUCAGCUCGACCAAUGGGGAGCUGAACGUGGACGACCCGACGGGGGCACACUCCAACGCGCCGAUAACAGCACAGGCAGAGGUGGAGGUGGUGGAGGAAGCUAAGUGCUGCUGCUUCUUUAAGAGGAAACGGAAGAAGACGGCUCAGCGUCACAAGUGACCGGUGCCUCCUGGGCCUUGCAGGAACCACCGCGCCUGCAGCUCCUACCCUGUCUCACUGGAAGGGGCUUCUCUUUAGGGGGGAGGAGGAGGCAUAGGAGGAAGAGAGGAAAAAAAAAAAGUGACAUUUUAAACCAAAAAGAGAAGAAAACUUUCCAAAACAAACCACUCUGGGGUGGAUCUGCUGAAUGGUCUCCCUCGUUCACUCCAAGCCUGAAGCUCCUUUUGGGACCAGGACUGUGGCUGGGGCCGGGCUUGGUCGCCCUGGGAGGGGGGCUGGCUGGCUGACCCUCUUUCCCGUUGUUUACGGCGAAGGCAUCGUUCACGCAAACCUGAGGACUGUGCUUAGUUCCUGCUCACUUUCCUCCCCUCCCUCCCCUGCACUCUCUGCUCCUUGGUCCUCCUCCCUCCUUAAUUAAGCAAAGAAAUACUGUAGGCUCGAUUGGCUGUCGAGAGGGCAGGAGGAUGCUGUGUGGGCAGGAAAGUUGCGUGGGAGAAGGGCCUGACUGCUGCAGCAGUAAAGAGACAGGUUCCCUUUUCGGCUCCUUGGGAACAGUUACACUGUAAUGUGCAAGCUGUGAGAAAUUUGCAAUCUACUGUUCCAGUUAGUUUUUUUUUCCGGCUCCCUUGACACCUCCCUCCUCUGACGGUAACAGAGCAAUGUGGAUUGUUUUAAAGAA